UACGACAAAUGGCGUCUGAUCUGUUGAUCUUCUUUCAAGAAUAUAUUUUUGUUGCUAAUUCUUAGUUAUUUCAAUGAAUUGUUUGAAGAAUCGAGUACAGAGACUGUGUUUUAAAUGAAUUGUGCGAGUGUCACGUAACCAGUAGCGGUUUAUACUGUUAUAAAACGGCAUAAUGACGACCCAUGGAGUUCCCAUUAGCCAUCAACAACUUCAUGAGGUAGAGGUGCCAGUUUUGAAUCUAUUAGUUCCUAUGCAUCAGCCGCAGCAACCACAACAACCCCAGCAACCCCAGCAACCACAACAACAACAACAACAACAACAUAUAAUAACGAACACAAAUGCAGCCGUGCAAACAGUAAACACAACUCAUCAUUCGGAGCCACCGCCGUUGCCUGGUAAUGAUAGAAAACCAAAAUUGGAGAAAAAAAAGAAAGAGGCAAUAGAGGGCCAAGCGCGGGAAAUAAUUUUUAAGGUUAUAAAAUUCUUCGAAAGUGAGAAACAAAGUAGAGGUUACGCGUUUCCCGUGGAAAAUGUUGUGAAAAGGGCCUGCGCGGCGACAGGCCUCUCAGAAAGUACUAUAAAACGUAUAAAGAGGGACGGUCUCCGCGCUGAAGAGACACAAACAAAAAUGGCUGGCCCCAAGAAGAAACGGAUAAGAAAAACUAAAGUUCAACUUGACUAUUUCCAAUUAUGUGCUUUAAGGGGUAUCGUGAAUAGUUACUCAUUAAGAAAAGAGGUUCCUACAUUAGGGAAAAUAUUAGCAGCUGCAAAACACGAAUUGAAUUAUAGAGGUGGUAAAGAAUCUCUACGGUUGAUUUUAUUGAAUAAGCUUGGUAUUAAGUUCAAGAAGUGUGAGAAGAAGAAUAAGAAGCCUCCAGAGCCGAAUCCUGUGCCUGUACAGCCCGUACCAAAUGUGAUGCCCCAUCCGCAGAUGCAGCAAAUGAAACCGUUGGAAAACCAGUGUGUAUAUACUAAUAUGAUGCCUCAGGUGCCACCCGUAUCUUACUAAUAGUUAUAUUUAUUUACAGUAAAAUCUAAAAAUGUAAAUAAUCAUUGUAACAGUAAAUGACAC